UAUCAAUUCGAAACGAUACACUUUUCAUGGUAUAAUCGACAUUGCACGAAAGGACAUGAAGCCCCGGAUGAUGUACCCCCGCAGAUGAUGAGCAGAUCCGGCGUCUCAAGAACGAAUUACGGCCAGCUAAUACCUUAUACCUCCAAGGACAUGGAGGAUCAUCGAUCCAUAUACCAGUCACUGAAGUCAAUUCUCGGGGACGUAUUCAGCUGGAUCGAACACAAGUUACAGCACGUUCUUCCAGGGGAGUACCGGCAUCUCGAAGCAACCGCGGACAUACUCCCGGAACAUCACCGUUCACUCGCCAAUCCCUUCGUCAGCCUGGUCGUGAACCUCAACGUCGCAACGUACGCACAUAGGGAUAGCAAGGACGACACGAUCUGCCUCGUACUACCCAUUGGGGAUUUCAAGGGCGCCGAGCUU